GCUCAUUUUCCUGUGGAGACAAAGGAGCCACCUGAACAAUGUGUGGUUUGUUUAAAGAGGUGCUUGGGCUGGUAAAACAAAUCCACUGUCGGUUCUGCUCGCUGCUGAAGCAAUAUGAACCCUGUGGAGCCAUUCCAGGUUAUUCGAAAUUAGUUCUCAUGUCGGCAGAAAGCUCAACCAUCACGGUUCGUCUUGUUCGCUCUUUUGAGCACCGGAAUUUCAGACCUGUGGUGUAUCAUGGAGUUAACUUGGAUCAGACGGUGAAGCAGUUCAUUACUUUUGUACAGAAGGAUGUGCCUUCAAGAGCAGGACUUCCUCCUCCUUUUAAAAAUUACAAGUAUGAUACAAUGAAGAUAAUUCACCAAGCACACAAAUCAAAGACUGGUGAGCUUGUAGUGAGUUUGGAAGAUGAUGACAAACUGAUUUUGAAAGAAGAGAGUACGCUGAAAGCAGCUGGAGUAGCAAAUGAGACCGAAUUAGCAUUCUUCUGUGAGGAAGAUUACAGAAACUACAAAGCUAAUCCUGUUUCGGCCUGGUGAAGAUCCCAAGAGAUUGUUUUGUUUUCCCAUACUCAUUGUAAAUUUUCCUUGUUCUGCUUAAUGAGGUUUUUUUUUUUUCUUUAAAGAUCAAUAAAUCCUAAAGGAUUGCUUUGCAAACA